AAUGCUACACGAAGCGGCGCAGUUGUCUGCCGGUGGCGAUCCGAAUCAACAAAGGCGAGCGCGGUUGGAGGGGUAGCGGGGCUUCAAUCGGAUCAGCCGCAACUAUGGAAGGAUCUGGAAAAUCAUCUUCAUACCCACAAAAUUAUCGAAUACCAAAGAAAGGAUCAAACACAAAGCCAGAUGAUGAGCAUAUUCAAUCUCCAUUGUCAAGAUUUGAAGUAAUUCACCCAUUGCAAAAUUCAUUUCAAGGGUGGGCAUCAGGAUCAAGGAAUAAAAGGAUUCAGUCAAACUGGAAGAGUAAAAGCAUUGGUGAUGAAAGACCAUUAUUGGGGCAACCCAAAGUUAUCUUGACGAAUGUCCUGAAGACGGAAUUAGGAAGAAAAUAUAUAAAGACGCAGUUUGUAACUGGUGCUAAUUUAUCUCAUGCUAUCAAGUUGCAGUCAAAUCAACAAACCUCCUCAUCUGUUGACACUCUAGAGAUAUGGCACAUAUUAAAUCCUCUUCACCAAUCCCUCUUUUUAUCAGAAAGCAGGCAACCUAAAGUUAUCUUGAGGAAUAUUCUGAGGACAAAAACAGGAAGAGAAUACAUGCAAAAGCAACAUUUAACUGAUGCUAAAUUAUCUGAUGCUAACAAGCUGCAAUCAGAUGAACAACCUUCCUUAUCUAUUUCCAGCCUAAAAUCAUGUCAAACAAUAAGUUCUCAACAAAGCUGUAUUUUUCCUAAAAGAUAUGAAAAUUAUCCAAAAAGAUCACAUGAAAAGACACAAUAUAAAGAUACAGAACUUAGUAAUGCCUUGCAGACUUUAAGAAAAUGUGAUGUAUUGCUAGAAGACUGCAGCAUUAAUAAUAAACGUGGACACAAGACUGAGAAAAGACAAGAGGACUUCAAAAAUGUUUCUCCUUCUUUGAUGAAGUCAAGCUGUCAGAAUAAUGAAAGUAGAAAAAGAAGAGGUGUUUUCUGUAGCCACUGGAAUGAAGCUUCUCCCAAAAAAUCACUAUUGAAAGAACACAAGACAGAAUCAGUUCAAUCACCUGGUGACCGAGAUUCAAGUGAGAACCACCAGAAUCUUACACCCAGUCUACAGGAGGAAAAUAUUCAGCAGCCUUUGGAAUCAGAUUUUAAUGAAACAUUAAAUACCACUGAUCUAGGCACUACUGGAUGCUGUCCAAGUAAAAAUAAUUCAAAUUCUUCUCCCGAUAGAAAGCUAUAUUCUUCCACCAAUGAGGAUAAAUCUAUUUUGUCUGUAGUCAGCUCUUCUGUGAAGGAGGAAGUGAAUACAACUUCGCCACUGAAAAAUCCAUUGAAUAAAUCUGAAAUGAAUAAGGAGACGGCGGAGUCAUCAGAGCCAAUUAUCCUUUCUAGUGAUGAAGAAGAACUUUCUGAGCUACAGGAUCCUGAGAUAUAUUUUCAGACUGAGAAAGACCAUGAAGUAGAAAAAACGGACAAAGAACAAGAAAAUGUUCUACAUUUAUCAGAAGAUCCAUCACAGUAUGAGACCAAAAGCAAAGCAAAAGAAGUAUCAGCUGAUCCACUUGUUCUUCAUUCCUCUGCAGAUCACAGCACCAUCAAUGAGCAUGUGCCCCUUGCCUUAGAUAUAAAGUUUGAAAGGAUGUAUUUUGGAAAACAUAAAAGAGCAGCAGCAGGAUAUGCUAGAUUUACCAUCAAUUGUAUUACAAUCCCAUUUGAAGUUGCAUUGAACAAGAAAAUUGUACUCUCAAUAGAUUCCCUACACUUAAAAAGAUUUGGACUUUGGACAAAUAAAGAUUCAUCCAAUUUUGGGAAUAGUGCUAUCAUUUUUCUUUGGCUCUCAUUAGAUUAUAUGGAACAAGUUGAAAAUCAACUAGGAAGAAUUAUAUUAAAUAAGCAAGUUAAAGGAAGCAAAUUCGUUUUUAUUCAGCUAUCUCAGAUGCUCACAGAAAAGGAGCAGGUAAUGCUGAAUAGGAUAAUUGCAGAAAUAAGUACAAAGAUUCAUUCUGCAGAUCUUACCAACUUUUUACCUUGGCAGCAAGCCAUUGACGAAAUCUCAUGUGAAGAAAAUUCUUUCAUGCACUAUUGCUAUGAAACAUUUCAGAAGCACUUAGAAAGGAACAGAACUUCAGUUUCAUCAGAGCAGCCCCUGGACGAAUGCAAAUCAAAUCUGACCAAGCCCAAUUAUACCUUGCUGCAGAAAGAACAUAGUGGACAAUACUCCUUUUCUAUUUCUUCUGGGAAAGGAAAGGAAUGGAAAGAGUUGCAGGAGACUCGACCUAUGAAGAACUUGAUUGUUUAUCCUCCUUCACCUGCAAAAGGAGGGCUUGGUGUCACAAAAGAGGACUUGGAGUGUUUAGAAUAUGGAGAAUUCCUUAAUGAUGUGAUCAUUGAUUUUUAUCUUAAGUAUCUGCAGUUAGAAAAAGCUCCCAAGGAACUUGCAGAUCGGUCACACAUAUUUAGCAGUUUCUUCUACAAGUGCUUGACCAGGACAGAGAAGAACUCUGAAGAAAAUCCAAAACUAUCAAUAGCCCAAAGAAGACACCGAAGAGUAAAAAGGUGGACUCGAUAUAUAAACAUUUUUAAUAAAGAUUACAUUUUUGUACCCGUAAAUGAAGAGUCUCAUUGGUAUAUUGCAGUAAUUUGCUUCCCUUGGUUAGAAAACGUUAUAUAUAAGGAUUGUGAAAAUCAACAUUGGCCACAAUCUGACUUCCAGCAAUUUCCACAUCAGUCAGAAAGUAACAGUGUAACCAUUAGAAAAGAAAGUGUUUUGGUCCUUAGUGAUAUCUGGUGUGAUACUGAAGAGCAAGAUAUAAAGAGCAACCUGCAUCAUGAAGAUAUUCAACCAGGCACCAUAGCUUCAGAAUUCAGUUCCAAAGUUUCCAAAAAAUUCUCAGACACUUUAAAAAUCAAGAAAAUUUGUAAAAGGCCAUGUAUCCUUAUCUUAGAUUCUCUGAAGGCAAGUUCAGUACAAAAUACUGUUCAGAUCCUGAGAGAAUAUCUAGAAGCAGAAUGGGAAGCUAAACGCAAAACUUGUCGUGAGUUCAGCAAAUCGACUAUGGUGGAUUUUUGUCCAAGAGUCCCCAAACAAAAUAAUAACAGUGAUUGUGGAAUAUACUUAUUGCAGUAUGUGGAAACUUUUUUUCAGAAUCCUAUUGUUAACUUUGAACUUCCGGUACACUUGGAGCAAUGGUUUCCUCCUCACCUGGUGAGAAGAAAGCGAGAACAGAUUAGAGACUUGAUCUUGCAAUUACAUUUCCAACAGCAGGGUGGCAGCAAAAGCUAGCAGAUUUUUCUUCGGGAUCUUGAAAAUGAAAAGCAUGGAUCCAGAAAUAUGAGAAAUCUAAUCUGCAAUGUUUCUUCUUGUAAUGUUGUGAAGAGCUGCAUUUCUGUAUUUAUUUUAAGGGUUACAUUCGAGCUAUAUUUGAAGGAAAUGAAAGCAUAUAAAUUAUAAUUAUGUAAUUUAAAGUAAAUGCCCAUUACAUUGCCUAAUUUUGUUUCAGUGAGAAAAAUAGAAGCAAAAUGGCAAACAGCAAAGAUGGAAGAGUACUUUAUCCUAAGAAAUGUAAAUAAUUUUAUUCCAAAAGCUAGAAAGUAAGUCUUCACAAAAUGGAUACAUUUUAAAAGGUAUAUUUAAUAUUUUUGAAAAUAGUACUUCAAUAUUUAAACUGAAUCCAUCUCUAUAGCUGCUUUUAAAUAGAUAUGGUAUUGCCCCAUUUGAUUUUUGGCUAUAUUUUUGGGUUUUCUUAUUCAUACGCACAAUCACUUUCUACAUUGUAUUUUUAAAAUGCCGGAACACAAUGUAAAGUCAUGCUUCAAAGUUAUUAUAAAAUGGAAGUGUCAUUUGUUUUCCCUGUUAAUUUGGUUACAUUGCACAGAUUCAAACCUAAUCUGUUUCUGUUGCUCAGAAAUUACAUAUGAAUACUAUGUAUUUGAUCAGAUACUUAAUGCAAGACCAUGUGGUUUUCACUGUACUGGGUACAGCUGGAACUUGUAUCUGGCAAGGUAUCACCCUGGUGGGAGCUUUAUUGAUAUUUCAAUUAUUUAUUUUGGGGGUGGUGUCAGUGGAAGUGUGUCUAAUAGGCACUUUGAUUGACAUCUUAAACUAACAGGAGUAAGCCCCAUUACAUUCCAUCACCAAGUAAACUACUGUUAUAAUUUUUAAAAGUGACAUAAAACAAACUUUUCUUAGCCAAAAGAAUACGAUUUUUAAAAUACAUAUUGAAAAAUUGAAUAUAUAUGAUUCUCCCAAGUAUUUACAUUUGACAUUGAAGCUGUUACUAGAAGAAUUUCUUCUGGACUAAAGAACCCUAAAGAAUAAAGAAGCUGUUAAAUGUUAAAGAAGGGAUUUUACUAUUGAAUAAAUUAUUAUUUUAUUACGGUG